AUGCUCUUUACUCGUUACCGUAAACCAAAAAAGUUGGAAGAUGUUCCUACAAAAAAGUCAAGUUUAGCCGAUGCUUUCUUUCGUAAACUACCUUUUACCAAACGUACUAGAUCUAAAACUUCUUUGUUAUCGACUGACCUUAUAUCAAUGCCUCGUCAUUCUACUUCUUUACCAAAUAUUGUUAUUGAUAAACCUUCUCCUUCUUCUCCUCGUAUAUUGGCUAUUGGAUUGCCUUCUUCUUCGACUUCAACUUUACCUUCAACACCAACAAAAACAACAACUACAACAAAAACAACAAAUAGACAACCUGGACUUGAUCGACUUUCCAAUAUUAUCAACGACCAUUCUACCAACAGACAAAGGCAUUCCUAUACAUUUGGAAAUUCAAGAAAACAGAAAACAACAACUGAAAAUUUAUCUUUGAAAGACCUUGUAUUGGACCCAUCUCAAGAAAAAAAAUUGGAUCUCUUUUUGGCUAAACGUCAACCUCAUUCUCCUCCUGCAACUUCAACAUUAUCCACAAUAACUCCUACUCUUAUUGUACCACAACGAUCUACCAGUCAUCAACUGUUGUCACCUCCAAAAAAACUUUUGAUUCGUGCUCAUUCUACAUCAUCUUCAUCUAUUCAUCAACAAGAAGAUACCACUCAAUAUCAUCAUUCACCUUUGGAUUCUUCAACUUUACGGAAGAUGUUGGAAGCUCGGAAACAUCAUCAACAUAAUAUUAUGUUAGUUGAUGUACGUAAUCUUGUCGAUUAUCAAAAACAACGUAUCCGUGGUUCUCUCAAUGUGAAUUUGCCUUCUCUGCUCAUCAAAAGAUAUCAACGUGGAACUGUAUCAAACUUUCAUCUGGAAAACUUUAUCACUACUGCUGAAGGUCGAGAACAAUACCUCAAUCAACGACAUACCAGUACAACAUGGGUAGUUUACGACGAUGAUAUGAAUGAACAAUGCAAGUCAACUCAAGCCUGGACUCUACUCAAUGUACUAAGCAAAGCUACCAGCGAUACAAAUGACAAAGUACUCUAUUUACUUGGCGGUUUCUCUGAAUUUAUCAAUAGCACCCAUAGUCAACAAUGGAUAGAAGGAACCGGUGAUGAUAUGAUGAUGGUUUUUGUGGAUCAUGACAAUAAUUUACAUCAAAAUGACAGUAAGGGACGACCUGGCUUAUCAACAUCUACAUCUUCAGGCACACCUAGUUUGCAACAAAAACUACGCAACAAAGUAUCACCACGACGGUCUCUUAGUUAUACCAUUGGAGAUGGAUCAAAGAUACAACAACAGACAAGUUUAUUCAGUUUGGAUACUCAGGCAGCCAGGGAAAACAACGCCAACGCUCUUGCCAGACGGGCUAGUCGAAGAUCUCAACAUUUACAACAAUUACAACUGACCAAUCAACACUCAUCAGGAAUGAACAAUGGCAAAGAUUAUACCAACAAUAAAGAGGACGACGAUAUACUUGGACAAAUGACGGCUGAUAUCUCACCACGUACUGAAACUGAUUUUGAAUUUACAAUCUCUGAAAUCAUUCCUGGAUUCUUAUAUGUUGGACCUGAAAUUGAAACAACAGACCAUGCAGAUCAGUUAUUGGCUCGACCUAUCCGAAGAGUCUUGAAUAUGGCGGAGGAAUGUCACGAUCGACCUUUGCUUCAACAUCAUAACAACUUGGUCUAUAGAAAAAUCGCCGCGCGGGACACGGUGGAAAUGCGAAACAUUGAUCAUGUUAUGAUGGAAGGUGUAGGAUUCAUUGAGGAAGCCAAACGACAUCAUGAACCUAUUUAUGUGCAUUGCAAGGCAGGAAAAUCAAGAUCAGUUACUGUUAUUUUGGCAUAUUUAGUUAGUUGUGAACGAUGGACAUUGAAGCAAUCGUAUCGUCAUGUGAUCAAAGCUCGACCCAACAUGUCACCCAACAUUGGUUUUAUUGCUGAACUGAUGAAAUUGGAAAAUCAAGUCCAUGGUCGUGUUAGCAGUUUUAUGGAAACCGAUUGGCAUACAGCUUCUCUUCCUAGUCCUGGUUUUUCUCAAGAAUUGAAACAACUUGAAUUGGCUUGGCAACAUUCUCCUUCUUCUCCCUCUCGACCCCCUUCUUCUUCCCCUUCCUCCCCUGUUAUUUAGUUCCCCCCUCAUUUAUAUAAUCUCCCUCUUUUUCUUUUUUUUUUUUUGGUAACAACAGACACAUAUACAAUUCCAUAUACUUAUAUAUAUAUACAAUAAAUCUUCUGAUAUUCUACUCUUUC